AUGUUAAUAGCGGGUAUUACGAGGAUUAGCUUCGGCUUAAGUAAAGAAAUCGUUACCUUAAGUACGGUAGAAGUAAAGACGUACUUCGGAAUAAUAACUUUUUAUAUCCUACCCGUUAAUACCCUAUUUCUCCUAUAUUUAAAAGAUAUAAAUUAA